UACAGGCUCUGUAAUGCAAAUGAGAUACAACAUCUUUUAAGAUAUUCUGCUUUUAAAUUUAGAUUUCAAACGUUAAACCCUCAAAUGAAACGGAUAUAAGACAAAUCUUGAUGGUGAAUAAAAUAAGUAACGUAAUGAUAAAUACCUGCUGUUCCUGCGUCACUCCAUGUUAACUCUGAGGGCUCUGGUUCCCAGCACAUUCCUCUUACUGGUGUCUUCAUCAUUGACCUACAUGUAUUGUCGUUGUCCGAUACUGACAUCUAGCGUUAAUCUGAGGUAACAGCAUGGGGGCGGAGUUCUCGUUAAUUCUCCACCAGGAUCAGAUCGCACGAGAGGAGGAAACCAUCGGUGCUGCUGCUGCUGCCUCCUGCAAAGAGAAAGAAUAAUUUCUACUCAGCUGCUGUGUAGAGACACGACAACAUGUCUUUCUGUCGGUUCUUUGGUGCUGAGAUCUACAAGGAUCAUUUCAAACCAGGAAUGUACGUGUGCUCCAAGUGUAACCAUCCCCUGUUCUCCAGUCGCUCCAAGUUCCCCCACUCGUCUCCCUGGCCGGCUUUCAACGACACCAUCAGGGAGGACAGUGUCACCAAGAUGAUGGAGUCGCUCACAGCCUUCAAGGUCCUGUGCGGCAAGUGUGGCAACGGGCUGGGCCAUGAGUUUGUGAAUGACGGUCCAGAGGAGGGAGUGUCACGCUUUUGAAUAUUCAGCCACUCGCUCAAGUUUGUCCCCGGCAAAGGCAAAGACAAACAGUAAAGAGCGAGAGGUCCAGUUUAACCACAGCUGCUGAAUCUGCUGCCUGGUCCUGGACGACGUGAACGUGUCGGGUCAGUGGGUGACGCGGACGGGAGAAAGGCCCGAGAGGGACGUCCUGUCUGCUGAAGAAUCUUUGACCAGACUCUGACACGGGGACCAGGACACAACGCUGCAAUAAUCCUUCACUUAACAUAUGACACACUCCUACGAAUACCUCGUGUUUAAAUACACAUUUAACUCAUUGAAUAUUAUAACAAUGUCACUGCUGAUGACAUGUAUUAUAGGUGAAUGUCACUGUAGCAAGAAAUUGGGUUUUUCAUCAGCUUUUAAGCAGUUAUUGCUGUCAUGAUUUUCACAUUGUAUCAUUUACACACAUAUUAUCUAUGCACUGAUGACCUUUCUAAUUAGUCUGUACUUUUGGUUUCUGUUUUCUAUGUUUAUUUUGAAAUCAGUGGGUGGCACUGAAAAUGUUAUCUCACUGAAUAAAUAAUGUACUUUUAUCACA